GUGUAAAAUAAUGGACAAUAAUUUUUUCUAAUAAUUUUUUUAAAUUUCUAUAAGUAGUAUAAUAAGAAGAACUAUGCACAAUGUGGAUAAAGAUAAACUUCUUUUAAGAAAACAUGACAGAAUAAGAUUUGUGGUUCAUCGGCAUCUACCAUUUUAAAAAAUUUACAUAAAUGUAGUAUUCGUAAAAAAAUAUGCUAUCUGCAUGAUUAUUCAAAUAUGCUACCAUACUGGAUCUUCUAAUGUCCACCUGAAAGGAAAAAUUAUGGCCAACUCAUAUGCGGAGUAAUGAUCUCUCGGGAUUUCUUAUUUUUCUUUCUGAUCGUUUUUUACUACUCAAGGAUUCCCGUAUCUGCGUCGUAUCAACUUCGGAGUGGUCUUGUCAGACUAGAUAUUACAAAGUCUCACGUUGCCGAGUUAGCAUCCUCAGCAUCUCCAGUCCAGUUUUUAAACCUUUAGGUAAGGUAGCCAAGUUCUAAGUGAAUAUUUAAACUAUUUAUUUGAAAACUUAACGCUUAAAUUAUAUUCAAGAUAAUUAUAUAGCACAUUAGUUAAAUCUAAAUUAUGUAAAGUAUCUAAAACCUAAUACUUAAAAAGUAAAGUAUUUAAAUCUGCGUGGACACGUUAAUUCAAAUUUGCAUUAUUUCUUACAAACAGUUACGCGGAAAAUUAAUUGCAAGACGAUUAUUAACUUCUAAAAAUGGAUUAAAAAAUUAUAUACGAUAAAGAUGCAAUUAGAAAAAUCUCGGUGGUAACAUUAAAUCAUUUGGAACGCAAUGAACUUAUCAAAUCAUUUUCAAUGUUCCAUAAUCGACUACAGCUUACGCGUUGCCUCUGUAACAACCAAUGUAAUACAUUGGAUUAGGAAUCUACUAUUGCGCAAAACUAGUUUUUGUCUCCAUCAGUGGUACAUGAGAAAACUAGUUUAAAUGUCUUGAGGGGAGACAGACUCCUCUAAUCUACUGGCUAAUGUUCCCACUCGGCGCUUGCCCUCUCGAGGAAUUAUGUAAACCCCAUCAAAAAUUCUUGAGUCGGAAGCAGUUCGCCAAUCCUCCUAUUUAUCAGGGAGAAGAAAAAGAAAAAUUCGUCAAAACAAACGGAAAAAUGCAGCUGAGAGGAUCUUUGGUUGCGCUGCUGUUGUACGUUUCGCUGGCGGCUGCUGAUUUCGAGGACCACUUCAGGAGCUGCGACUACAACACGCCAGGCUUCGACGCCUGCGUGAGAGAAGGAUUGAACUCGGUUCGACCCUAUUUCAAAACCGGUCUGCCACAAUACAAUGUGCUACCAUUUGACCCCUUUUUCGCCCGCGAGGUGACAGCCACGAGAGGAAUCCCGAAUUUCGGUUUCGUUUUGACUCUUCGAAACGUCACCGAGACGGGGUGGGCAGCGAGUAAAGUAACGAAAUUUGUUAGCGACUUGAAAAACUACAAGGUUGUAUAUACGCAAAGUUUCCCAGAAAAAGCUCUGGCAGGCAAUUACGAAUUUAAAGGCGCAUUCUUCGGCACCACGAUCAUCAAUAAGGGAAAGUUCACGCUCACUUUGUACGACCUAAUACAGACGAGCACCGUGACAAAACCCCCAGGACAGAAGGUGAAGGCGCAAAUGGACGUUGAAAGCAUCAAAGACUUAAAAUUACACAUCACAAAUCUCGGCAAAGGAAUCUUCGAAAAUAUUCUCGACAAGAUAAUUAAUGGCGCUUGGCAACCGGGUUUCGUUGUAACGAGACGGCUGAUCAACGAACUGGUCUCGACCGCCUUCACGGAGAUCUUCGACAACUCUUUCCGCAAUUUUCCCUUCGAGAAAAUCUACAAAUCGAGAGCGUUGGCAAAUUAGACAGAGUACAGUUGUCAAAGUUGACUGCGGGAGAAACGCAAGUCUUCUUUCAGCAAUAAAUGAAAAAAAACACUUGCCUGUAAAAGAAUUUCGUGCAAUCGCUGCUCUUCUUACGCUUACGUAAUCGUUUUCACUAUAUACAAGUGAAUGCGCGUUAACGUAUAAGAUAUAUGUAUACAUGUAUUAUACGAUGUAGGCUAUAAUACACUUUCUUUUUUAUAAUUU